UGUACUGCAGUGCAAACAGAGAAGUGUACUCACUGUUUACGCCGAUUUCACCUCGUUAUUGUUAACAGAGAGCACUUGUCUUCGUCUGUAAAUAGAGCUCAUUGACAGCUGAUUUACCGCUGUGUCUCAAACGGGAUAGUUUGCUUUGUGAGCUGUUAGAUCACAGGAUUUUUAUUUCCUCCUAAUGCACUGGUGAACCUCGACACAAUGAAGUCAGAUAUACCAUAUGAAAAGAUGGUUGAUGUGGAGCUAAGCAGAGGAGAAACACAUCUUGGCUCACAAAAGUAUUACAGGUGUCUGAUCAUCCUCACCUGUUUAACCACAAUACUGUUGAUACUCCUGUCACUCCAAACCCUGCUUGUUCCCAUGGCAACGUCUUCCUCGUCCUCCUCCUCAAAAUCAUCUGGACAGCAGGAGCACCUUCUAAUCAGAGAAACCUGUACUGAUCCCUGCAGGAUUGUUUUAGUGGAGAGUAUUCCUGAGGGACUGGUGUUUAACUCCUCAACCACUCAUCAGUCCGUAUAUGAAGCCUGGCUCAACCUUAUAUCUGGUGCUCAGACCAGUCUGGACAUCGCCUCCUUCUACUGGACUCUUACCAAUGACGACACGCACACACACGAGGCCACAGCUAAUCAGGGUGAGCAGAUUCUGCAGGAAUUAGGACAGCUCUCGGGGAAAGUGUCGGUCCGAAUUGCAGUUGAUAAACCAUCAGAGAAAAAACCUAUGGAUGACAUUAAGUUUCUGACUGAUUCUGGAGCUGAUGUACGGAUGGUGAAUAUGCGAGAGCUGACGUCAGGUGUGCUGCAUACUAAAUUCUGGAUCGUGGAUAAGAAGCACAUUUACAUAGGAAGCGCCAAUAUGGACUGGAGGUCACUAACACAGGUGAAGGAGUUGGGUGCGGUUGUGUAUGACUGCAGCUGUCUUGCUAAGGAUCUUGGGAAGAUCUUCGAGGCGUAUUGGUACCUAAAUCAGACCAAGACCGUUCCUGCACACUGGCCCAAAAACUACUCCACCCUGUACAACAAGGACACACCCAUGCAGCUGUCACUCAAUGGGACCGAUGCCAGCGCCUAUCUAUCAAGCUCUCCUCCUUCACUGUGUGCCGAGGGCCGGACUCCAGACCUGCAGUCUAUCCUCAGCGUGAUUGCUGAUGCCCAGCAGUUCGUCUACAUCGCUGUGAUGAACUAUCUCCCCACUAUGGAGUACUCCAGCCACAAAAGGUACUGGGCGGAUAUCGAUACCCAGCUGCGGCGCGUGGCUUAUGAGCGUAAAGUUCGUGUGCGUCUGCUGAUCAGUUGUUGGGACAAUACCAACCCCAUCAUGUUCCCUUUCCUCCGUUCGCUAGCUUCCUUACAGGGCAAGAGCAAGCUGGACAUUCAAGUGAGAAUUUUUACUGUGCCUUCCGACCCUCGACAGAAACACAUUCCCUUUGCCAGAGUCAACCAUAACAAGUACAUGGUCACAGAUAAGGUUGCUUAUAUAGGCACGUCUAACUGGUCAGGGGACUACUUUGUGAACACAGCUGGAUCUGCAUUAGUGGUGAACCAGACUUCAGCUCAGUCCACAACCCCCACAGUCCAGGAGCAGCUGCAGGCAGUGUUUGAGAGAGACUGGGACUCUCCGUACAGCACUGACGUCAACCACAUAACCAACCGCAAAGACAUUUGCUAGACCAGGCUUUGUGCCGGUGCUGUGGCCUUCACACUGCAGGGGGCGCUGGAGAGUGCAAAACACUGUUAAAUGGCAUUUGCUGGAGGAUAGUUUUCAGUAUAGAGUUCUGCUCCAUUUCUGGGUUCUAAAAUACCAGCUUGCCUGUCCAUCUUAUCAUGAGCUACUUUUGCACUCAUAAAAACUAAUAAUGAUGUCACUUUCACCUCUGACCAGUUGCAUAUAUUUUGCACAAAAUGUCUUUUAAAUGACAAUGCAAUGAAAUACCUCUUAACAGAAACACUUUCCUGUUAAUUGAUUAUUUUGAACAUAGUUUCUCAGGAAAAAUCAUAUUAGCAUUGAUUCAAUGUAUUGUUCAUAGCUGCUUUCGCUUUCUAAAGUGAUUUCAAUUGCUGCAUUUAAAAAUCAGAUCUGAUUCAUCAAAGAAGCAGGAUUAUUGGAUUAAUAACCAGUCUAUUGUCAUGAACGUCUCUGAAGGCAUUCUUGCAUGUCUGAAUGCAUUUGUUGUGGUGUCACCACUACUUGACUGUUUAAUUCACUCACACCACACAUGAGUUUUUACUUCAGGACAUGUGGGUUUUUUUAUGAUGUCUAAAAAUCUGGAAGUGAAAAUGUCACAGCGUCAUUACCAGAUAUAAUCAUAAAGGGGAAUAGUGAGGGAUGUGAGUCCGUUUGAAGCUUUUAUAACCUUUUUGAUUUUGAAAAUACGUACACUUUAUUGGCUGUGAACCUUAAAAAAUUUAAGGGAGGGUUUUUUUUUUUCCAAAAUUUAGUUAAUUUUACAUUUAACGUCUCUCAUUGGGAGCUGCGUGUUUUAUGAAAGUGUAAACUGUUACAAAUAAACACU